UGCAGAGAAAAGGGUGCCAGCGAGAUGUUUUUUUCAACUUUCGUCGAUCAUGGUGUAGACUGAUGGAUCUACACUCUCGGAGCCGACGAGUGAAUCGAUGAAAAAGGAGAAAUGAAGAGAAAGUCCGUUGAAGUAGCACAAAUUCUUCUAUUUUCUACACAAUUCACAGAUACUCAUUCACUUUGAAAUGCAUAAAAUGGAGAUUACAGAAGAAUUUUUGCAUCAAUGAACUGAUGUUUUAAUAAAAUCGACGAAAGUAUCUGUAAACCUCGCACUCGUGAGCUGUAUAAACCUUGGCCAAAUGUUGUUUGUUGACAGUCACUCAUCCCAACCAGGUGUCGGCUGUCAGUGGGAAGGUUUGCGCGCUCAAUUUCGUUGUUUUCGUCGUCGGUUGGCAAAAGGUGGACAAACAAUUGGGGCGCAUUGUGCUGCUGCAAACGCGAAAGUUAAUUACGCCCGCAAGAAAACCACCCCCUCCCCCGUUCACAUUCGUGUACAACCAUGAAGUGCCAAAUUCCGGAAAUAUCGUGGCACAACCGUGAUCCCGUGCUGAGUGUUGACAUUCAGCCGAAGGGUGCGAACGAUCGGGAUCACCAAUAUCGGCUGGCAUCUGGUGGGACUGAUUCGCAUGUGCUGAUUUGGUACAUGAUUCAAACGCCGGAAUGUGGUACCAUCAACUUGGAGCUGGCCGCUGACCUUACGCGACACCAGCGUGCGGUAAAUGCGGUACGAUGGUCCCCUUCCGGCGAGCUGCUCGCGUCCGGCGAUGACGAAAGUGUGAUCUUCAUCUGGAAGCAGAAGGGAGAAACGGAAACGCUGAACAUUCUGGAAAACACCAACGACCAGGACAAGGAGACGUGGCUGACGAUGAAGAUUCUGCGCGGCCACAUGGAGGACGUGUACGAUCUGUCGUGGUCGGCCAACUCACAGUUUCUCAUCAGCGGCUCGGUCGACAACUCGGCCAUCGUGUGGGAUGUGCAGCGCGGCAAGAACACGGCGAUCUUGCAAGAUCACAAGGGCUUUGUGCAGGGCGUUGCAUGGGAUCCUCAGAACAAGUACCUGGCGACGCUCAGCACGGACCGGUACUUCCGGGUGUACGACGUGCAGACGAAGCGCGUUGUGUCGCGAUGUCACAAGUGUGUGCUUCCCGUGCCGAAAGACCAUCCGUUGAGGGAUAAAACCAUUCGCCUGUAUCACGACGACACGCUGCAGACAUUCUUCCGGCGUUUAAGCUUCAGUCCGGAUGGGAACAUUAUCGUAACGCCGUCCGGGAUGGCUGAAAUUGAGGGUGUCUCGAAGCCGCUAAACACGACGUACAUCUUUACGCGCAACUCACUCAAACAGCCCAGCUUCACACUUCCAUCUCCCGAUCAGUACACGGUGGCGGUUCGCUUCUGUCCCGUGUACUUCCAGCAUCGUCCACACGCGGAGAGCAAACCCCCGCUGGUUCCCCUCCCAUACCGCAUGGUGUUUGCGGUGGCGACGAAGAGCUCCGUCUAUCUGUACGACACUCAGCAGGCGGCGCCGUUUGCUCUGAUCUCCAACAUCCACUACACGCGACUCACGGACAUGUCGUGGUCAUCGGACGGAAGAAUACUGAUCGUGUCCAGUACGGAUGGUUUCUGUUCGAUGAUUUUCUUCUCCGAAGGUGAGCUGGGAACGAUCUGGGAACCUCCAUCGCCGGAAGCAUCUGCAGCAGAUGAGCCCAGCACCUCUUCCAAGGCAGAUGAAACCAAGAGGGAUGAUGAUUCAAAAUCAACACCACCGCCAAAGGAGAAGCAAGACAAGCCGGCCCAACCGAUUGCAUUUAGAAGGAAGCCGAAACCGGAAGAAACUAGCACACCUUCCAAGGUAGAUGAAAUAAUAAUAGACGAUGACUCGAACUCAACACCACCACCGCAAAAGGAUGAUAAUGGAAAGAAGCCUUCUUCAGAAAAGCCGCCCCAACCGAUUGCAAUUAGAAGAAAGCCGAAACCGGAAGAACCCAAGACACCUCCUAAGGCAGAUGAAAUGAAGAUGGAUGAUGGCUCAGAAUCAACACCACCGGAAAAGGAUGAUACUAGCAAGAAGCAAGAUAAACCAGCCCAACCGAUUGCGAUUAGAAGGAAGCCGAAACCGGAGGAACCGAAACCGACCACCAACGAGGGCGCCGUGGUCGUCUCCCCGACCGUCGAAAAGAUCGUACAACCUGGGGUGGAGUUUGUCAUCGAGAAGGAAAAAAUCAUCAGCAGUGACGAGAAGUUCGAAAGUCCUUCGAAAAAGGAUCGACCCGUUACGCCGAUCGCGGUACGACGACACCCGAGAACUCCCUCCGACAGUGCGAACGAAUCAAAGGCAGGGUCGGCGGCGUCCUCAUCUUCGGUGGGCAAGAAUUCACCCAAACCAAUCGCUAUCCGUAGACAUCCGCGAAAGCAUGAGGCCGGCGCGAGCAAACCAACCGUCGAACCGACGGCCGAGGAAGAUGCCAACGACACCUGGCCCAUCGAUCAACCGAAACCGGUGGGCGUGGCGGAGCAAAAGAAGGCAACACUGUCGCAACUGCCCUGCCCGAUGGAAACGGACCAGACGGAGGACAUUGUGCUGGUGGUGGAAUCGGAUGGGGAGGAGGAAGCCGCCGCUGCCGCCGCGGUCCAGGCAAAGGAGUCCGAUUCUGAAGCGCAGAAAACGCCUCGACGGGUCGAGUUUCGUACGAUAUCAACGCCGAAAUCGAAGAAGAAGCUUUUAUGAGUGUUUUAUGAUUGUGUGACCAGGUCGGGGAAGAAGAAGGAUGAGCAUGAUGAUGGUGGUGUGUUGGUAAGCAAGCAAGCAAGCAAGCAAGCACACGUACGCAUCCUCCACACACGCCAACUCUCUUUUUUAACAAUGGGUGGUCUGGUUUAGUAAUUUACGCAAAUACGCUAAUAUGAUUUAAUUAUUAUAACCUA